AUUGCCUUUUUCUAUCACACUAUCUCUCUUUCUCUUUACCUCUGUGUAUGCCUCUCUCUCUCCCACUAACACACAGACAGAAACUCCCACAAGUGGGGAGGAAUAUAGGUCAGCUCCCACAGUGCUGUCCAGUGGAGUUCUGCUUAAUUGGGUCAGCUGUGGGAGCGAGCAGACAUGAUCAUAAUGAUGCUGUCAUACAACGGGAGGGCCCGGGUCACACAGAUCUGCUUAUGGCAACCCCAGUCAUCCUCACCAGACCCCUAACCAGCACGCUACCUGAUUGAUUCUUAUUGGUGUAAAACCACGGUCAAUUGUCCAGACAGCCAAUCACAGUUUUUGUUAGCCUAUUGUGAGGUCGUAAUUAGCUUGUUGUGUUGGUGUUUUGUUUGUGUUUUUUUUUUUUUCAUGAGUGAUCCAAUGAUGUCAUCGCCAGGGCUUUUCAAUGACAGCAGUUUUGUUUAUCAAGGCUCCCCUUUCAAAGGCAGAGAGACAGAGAAGUUUACCAGCCCCUUCAAAUGUAGUCCGUUCUAGUUGUGGAACGCCCCUCACCACUGGGCUUACAAACAAGUGCCCUUUGUUGCUGGUGCCACGGUGAUCUCCAUAGUGACCACUGACGCCCUGUCUGUUGCUAAGGUGGCACACAGCAGCCAGCUUCCUUCCUCCCCAUUAGGGUCCUCCCCUCCUGCCAGUGCCAGUGGAAAACAGAUGAUGAAAUGCAGCAGCUUCCUGAAAUAUCUCUGUGUAGUGUCAGAUGCAAAUGGAAGCCCUCUCACUUCCUCUCUAGCUUUCACACAUUUUAUAUUAAAGUGUGAAACGUCAUAUUUGUGAAACGUCAUAUUUAAGUCUAUCACACAUUGUUUAAUUGAUUUGAAUUCAUUUUAAUAAUUGGUGUGAUAUAUUGAUUAAAGUCUCCCCUAAAUCUUGUGUUUUCACGAAUAAUAAACAACACACUCAAUUUUUCUUAAGCUAAUUGGUAUAAUAUAAAGCCAGAGGCCCUACACUGCAGUGUUACCAUUUAAGAAAUCCAUCUCCAUACAAAAUGAAACAUACAGAAUAUAUUUAUGUUCUUCCAUGACCUGCAGUGUUCCACGCUAGCAUUUACACAGAGUACUUGAGUAGGGCUGUCCUAGCUGAGUGUAAUUGAGAACAAAAGAGACACAUUUUCCAAGAACAAAGAUGCCUGCGGACUCAAUUGCUGUCAUAAUUGAUUGCCAGCUGUGCCUCCCUUGGCUCUGGCUGACCUUUGACACAGGAAGUGAUGAAAGCGUUUAAGGGCUGCAGGGUGUGGGGGACGGAACUCUUGUUGAGGGGUCUCCUGUGGAGUGUUUGUGUGUUCCGUUUGAAGAGCAUCUCCGCCGGUGGCUGGCAUGCGGGUGAAUAUUGCAUGAGGGUCUUUGCGCAGCUCUUGUGCAAGGCCGUCUCUAGGCACCGUGAGGUCGGCCAGCCAAAGAACCUCUGUGGAUCACCUCUAACUCCUAUAUUUGACCUCUGACCCUGCAUGCCUGUGCAAAGACCUAACCCUUGAGUCAGCAUGACGCUUGAUGCUCAGUUAUGACCGCGCCUCACCGCCGAGACAAACAUCAAAUUGUCAGAGGUUCUCUGACUGUGCCGUCCCGCCUCUCCAACCGGCCAACCAACCUCUGUGAUGCUUGUGAUGAGUGGCAUUUCCCCAGCCAAUGAGGGAGAGACGUUUGCGGAGGAAGCCAUGCCCCAGGCCGAGCUCUCUCUGACCCCUCCUCCUCCUGCUCUUCCCCCUCCACCGCCUCCGCCCCCAAGCGUACCCCCUCCUCCUCCUCCUCCUCCUCCACCACCACCUCCACCUCCCCCCGGCAUGGGGUACCCUGCUCCUGGCCAGCAGAAGAAGAAGCGGAGGGUGCGGAGUUUCUUCUGGAAGCCCAUCCCCGAGGAGCGGGUGCGCGGCAAGCCCAACCUGUGGACCAUCGGCCCCGGCGGCCAGGAGGAGUACCAGAUCGACGUGAGCUCCAUCGAGGAGCUCUUCGGCCAGCAGGAGGAGGCGCAGUUGCUCGCCGCCGCCCGCGCCAGGGCAGGGGGCAGUCUGAGGGGCAGGGGCAGGGGCAGCUCCUACAAAGAGACCAAAGAGGAGAUCAGCAUCCUGGACUCCAAAAGAAGCAUGAACGUGGGCAUUUUCCUCAGGCAGUUCAAAAAGUCAAACGUCUCCAUUAUUGAAGACAUCCACUCAGGCAAAAGUGAGAUGUAUGGGGCCGAGCCACUUCGAGAGCUGCUCAAACUCCUGCCAGAGUCAGAGGAGGUGAAAAAGCUCCAGGCCUUUAAAGGAGACCCCAGUAAGCUGACGCUUGUGGAUUCCUUCAUGUACCUGUUGACUCAAGUGCCCAAUUUUGAUGUUCGCAUUGAAGCCAUGGUGCUGAAGGAGGAGUUUACUCCCUCAUGUGCUUCAAUGAACCACGAUAUCGAUGUCAUCCGCGCCGCCACAAAAGAGCUCAUGACUUGUGGAGAGCUUCAUGCCAUCUUACACCUGGUUCUUCAGGCAGGCAACAUAAUGAACGCGGGUGGGUAUGCAGGCAAUGCUGUGGGCUUCAAACUCUCCUCACUGCUCUCUCUGGCUGACACCAAAGCCAACAAGCCAGGCAUGAACCUCCUGCACUUUGUGGCUCUAGAGGCGCAGAAGAAGGAUGAGCAGCUGCUGAAGUUCACUGAGAAGCUGCAGCAUGUGCAGAGUGCCGCAAGGAUCUCGGUGGAGAACAUAGAGCUAGAGUUUGAGUCUCUCUCUUCAAGGACGCGCUCAGUGGCGGAGAGGACCCAGACUGAUGCUGAGCUACUGCAGCAGCUUGACCUCUUCUUAACGACGUCUGCUCAGGCUCUGCAGGACCUGAAGCGGCGGCGCCUGGAGUUCAGGAAGGAGGGGAACACUCUGAUUGAUUUCUUCUGUGAAGACAAAGACAAUUUCAAACUGGACGAGUGCUUCCGCAUCUUUCAAGACUUCUGCCUGAAAUUUAAAAAGGCAGUGCAGGAUAAUGGGCAGAGAGAGCUGAAGGAGGUGGCCAGGCAGCGGCGUCUGAAGGAGCUGGAGGAGAAGCGUCACUCGUGGGCGGGCGGCGAGGAGGUGGGCGGGGUGUUCGGCCUGCGCAGCAGCAGUGAGACGGACGUGGAGGCGGCUCUGGCCCGCGAGGGGUUCCUGGACCUGCUCAAACCCGCUUGCCCGCGCAGCCCGCAAAGCCCGCUGGGACGUUCCGGAAGCCUCCGCCGGACCCGCCGGAGCCCGGUGGCCACCGCUGACCGCCAGCUGCACACGUUCUUAGAGUUGACCUCCGACCUGGGCAAGUUCAACAAUCGGGUUCCCCCAGGCGACCCCUCCCAGCCCCCCAGCCCCAGCUGGAUGAGUCAGAGGUGGCCGCCCCAUUCGCCGUCCCACCUUUCGAUCAGCCCCUCGCACACAUCAAAGCACUUCACCUCGCCCCUCACCCAGUCCCCGUCGCACACAGCCCCUGGUGCGAACCUAAACACGGCUAUCUCAAACCUGUGUGUCAACAACAACAACCGCUCACCUUCACCCGUGGACACCUCAACGCGCACAGACGACAACAAGAAUGUCAUCGUUGACCAGGAGACACUGGCUCAUACGAACACGUUCUUGAACGUCAGCGUGGAGAGACACACCCUCGUGCAUGGCCUCCAAGCUUUCGAUCUUGUGUCUGCCCCUCCCAGUCAACAUGAUGGGGACGUUGCCCAGGGCGAUGGGUCUCCGAUAAAUCAGGCUGACCUCAUAGUUACGGAUCUGGAAGAGGAGAGCGAAAAUCCUGAACCACUAGUCCUGAGCUCCCCUCCUUCUUGGAAGGCACCGGAAGGAGUUGGUGAGCCUAGCUCGUCCUCCCCAGAAACAGCCGAAGAGGAAGAUCAGUCUGUCUCUACAGAGGCACACGGUCCGCAAACCCUAGCCAAUACGCCAGUGAUUCAUGUGUCUGGGGAAAGUGGAUCAUCUGUGCCAAUAGAAGACGGCAGCAGCCAAUCAGAGAUAAAAGAGCGAGAGGGCCAUUGUGAUGUCACAGAUUCUGUCUCAUCCCACUCGCCACCCACCCGUCACGCGUCCGAGUCGGCCUCCGCGGAUGAGGCGUCAGUGCCUACCUCUACCAGCGAUAAAGCAGAAUCCCAAUCCCCCUUGGAGUCGUCGGAGUCCUCGUGCAACAGCCCGGCGUCAGUGUCCAAAUCAGCCAUCUCAUCAGAUUCACGCUCCACUGCCGAAGCACCAGAGAACUCCGGUGGCUCUCCUGCGCAAAGCAGCAAGAAAGCCAGUGCUGAGAAGACGGACGUCAAAGCUCAGUCCUCAAAGCUCAAACCUGCCUCGAAAACUGCACCGACCUCUAAACAGCCCGGGGCCCGACCCAUCAGAACCCUCAACACCUCUGAGAACCAGACCAUGAGGAGGGUGGUGCCCAUCACCCGACUGACCCGAUCUGGUAGCUCUGCCAGCAGAAAACCAGCAGACAAGAGCAGCACGGAAUCCACCAGCAACCGCUUGUCGGCGCACCGUCCCGGCCUCCCCAAGGACGACUCCAAGUCCCCCAGAGUAAGGGAGCAGAAUCAGGCCUCCGUGGUUCGGAAACCGUCCGUCCGCAAGACUACCCCUAAGCCGGUGCGCCCAGUAGUGCCCAAACCCCCACCUGAGGAAAAGAUGUGUCGCUCCACCCUGCGGGCGCUGGCCCAAGCUGCCCAGGCGGCUGGCGGGCAGGCAGUGGUACCGGGCGAGAGGUCGGCGAGUGCCCCCCAGACGCCCAUCCGCAGCCCAGCGUCCGCUGCCAAGCUGCCCAGUUUUGCCCGCAACACUGUGGCCUCCACAACCCGUGUGGCCAAGCGAGACCUGGUGCCCGGUGGUGUCAACUCUCCUUCUGCCAAUGCUGGGGGCACCACCCCCACUAAAUCCUCCACCCUGACCCGCACUGCCUCCUUCAGGCACUCCAGCAACAGAGUGGCUCCUGAGGCCUCCCAAAGUUCACUCAGAAGGGCUGCCAGUAUCCGUGUGUCUGCCAAAAAACCCUUGGAUGAAACUCUGGCGCCCCUCAGAGGUCAUGAGCGGAAGAACAGCGGCAGUUUUUCUGAAAAAUCAGGCUAUUCUAGAGACUCUCACACAGACAAGGCCCCUAAACGUUUGUGGAGAUAAACACGAGAGAGCUUUUAUUUUAGAAAAAUAAGAAAAGCUAUAUCAGCAACAUGUAACUUAAUAAAGUCUAGAUUUGUAUUUUUGUGGUCUUUUAUUUAACUUUCUGAGUAAUGCUAAAUAUGUACAGUAUAGUUAUUUUCAUUCUCUUUCUCUUUGAACCAUGUUUUUUGUAUGCAUUGGACUAAGCCCCGCUGUGGUUUCCCAUUUACAUGUCAUAAUUAAGAGUACAUUUAAUACAACGGACAUGUAUAACCACUCUGUGCUUUUUAGACAGCAUGUUUCCUGACAAUGGGCUUCUGUUAGCCAAGGAGUUUUUUGACAAAGGGUUUCCCCCCUCAUCUGUAAUCUUUUUGUCUUUUGUAAUUGUUUGUAAUGAAAUGUGUGGUACAUGUUAUGCUGAUGCUGCUGAUUAUUAGCCAAUGUUUCAGUACUGCCACUUGUCACCAUUUCAAAUCAUUUCCGUUGUUUGUUUGGUCUUGUCAUAUCUCUAGCGAGAUCUUCCAUUCUGGAGUGGCCAUGGUUGGACCGGCUCCUCAUCAUGGCACUGCAGGAGCUUCUCUUGCAUAACCAAAGUGACAUCUCUGUAGGUCAAAUUGACUAGUUUCAGUGAAAUCUAAAUUGAGCCUUUACAGAACCAUGUCUAAGGCCACUGCUUGCUUCUCAUUUUGUCCAAUGUCACCAUUUCUCUGUCGGAUAAGACGAUGUUUGUCUCCUUUAUCAGAUGCUCCUCUCUGUCUAUAUUUAUGUCUUGUUUGUUUAUCCCCUCCUCUGUCGUGUGAGUUGGAACUGGUGUAUGAUAUAAACAAUUAAAAUGAAUCUAAACAAUAUAUGAAGCAAAUGGAUGCUGUAGUAAAAAAAAGAAUAAUGAAAAUGAGAUGGGCAACCCGGCGCCAUUGUGUGUUUCUCUGUGUUCUUUCGAAUAAAGUUUCUGUCGAAAUUUCUAA